AUGUGGAUGUUCAAAGUGAUAUUAAGCUCUCAUGUGAGCUUUACCAAUCUGAAGUGCGAAUCGAUCGACAGGGAGUUUGGAAAUUUCGAAAUCUGUCGGAUCAAGGCUGUGAAUCGCAGCCACAAGUAUAUAGAUCUGGAAUUCAAGAUAACUAAACUUCCCCUUAAUGAAAUGGUGAUCAAAGUAGAACCUAUGCGUUAUAAUAAUGGCUAUAGACCUGUCCUUUCCACCAUGAAGGUCGAUUUUUGCAAGUACAUGAAGAAUCCAAAUGCAAGAUCUUCGUUUUUAUUAAAGGAAUUCCACGCGACUUUCAUUAAUUCUACAAACCUAAAUCAUACUUGUCCUUACAAUAAUGAUAUUUCCAUUAAAAAAUUAUGGACUGGCAAUCUGGAAAAGGGCUUCUUACAAUAUCUUCCCGUACCGCAUGGAGAUUAUGUCAUUCAUACAACUUGGUAUUCCCGAAAUAUACGUCGUGUAAAAGUCAGUACAUUCUUUAAAAUAACAUAA